AUGAGAAACUGUGAGUACCAGCAAAUCGACCCGCUGGCGCUGUCGGUGGCGCCCGCUUCGGUUCAGAACCAAACCGAAAAGAAGAAAGUGGAGAGGCAGCGGAAAAAAUGGGAAGUGUUCCCGGGGAAGAACCGAUUUUUCUGCGACGGACGGGUCAUCGUGGCUAGACAGAGCGGCGUCCUCCCUCUCACACUGGGACUUAUUGUUGUCACCUGUGGCCUUUUCUUUGCAUUCGAUUGCCCAUUUCUGGUGGCGCAUCUGACAGUUUUCAUCCCUGUGAUUGGCGGAGUGCUUUUUGUAUUUGUGGUCCUCUCCUUGCUGAGAACCAGCUUUACAGACCCAGGCAUCCUACCCAGGGCAACCUCAGAUGAGGCUGCGGACAUAGAAAAGCAGAUAGAUACCUCAGGAUCCUCGUCCUAUCGCCCCCCUCCAAGAACCAAGGAGAUCCUCAUCAACCAGCAGGUGGUCAAGCUCAAGUACUGCUUUACUUGUAAAAUGUUUCGCCCUCCCCGGACGUCACACUGCAGCCUUUGUGACAACUGUGUGGAGAGAUUUGAUCAUCACUGCCCAUGGGUAGGGAACUGUGUGGGCAAGCGCAAUUACCGAUUUUUCUACAGUUUCAUCAUCUCCCUGUCUUUUCUGACGUCAUUUAUAUUUGGCUGCGUCAUAGCGCAUAUCACCUUGCGUUCUCAAUCGGGUAAAAACCUCAUCCAAGCAAUCCAGGAGAGCCCUGCCAGUGUGGUGGAGUUGGUUAUUUGUUUCUUCUCCAUCUGGUCCAUUCUGGGCCUCUCAGGAUUCCAUACCUACCUAGUAGCCUCCAACCUUACGACAAACGAAGAUAUCAAGGGCUCCUGGUCAAGUAAAAGGGGUGCAGAGGAGUCUGGGAAUCCAUACACCUACAAUAGCAUCCUUGCCAACUGCUGUGUGACAUUAUGUGGGCCCAUGCCUCCUAGCCUGAUUGACAGGAGAGGCUUCGUGCCGUCUGAGGAGUCCAUCCCUUCAGCGUCAGAGAUCGAACUGCCUUCCUUCGCAGCCAAGAAUGAUGCAAACAUGGAGGAAACCUGUCAGGAUUUUUCUUUGUCCUGCACAGCCUGA